GUCCAGAAGAUCAUGAGGUUCUGCCUGGGAACGAUGCCAUCCGUUUUGACCCAUCCACUGAUGCCCUGCCUGCCUCUGUCGUAAGGCAGGGCCAAGCUGAAAGGCAGCCCACGCGGUGGGGGUCCAGCUGCUUUUCCUGUGUUGAGAAGGCGGAGGGGGUGGGCGAGCCUCAGUGGCUCUCCCUCCCCUCCCUUCCAGAAGGAACCCAUAGGCAAAAUCUUCUCCUUGCCCUGCAGUCCUCACUGCACUCCUCACUGGCCGCCGGGCAGGGCCAGCCACCUGUCCUGCCAGGGCCCGGGGGCCUCGCCUCGCUCGUCUCGAGGUGAGGCGCAGGCCUCCCUCGCGGGAAGCAGCAUGGCGUCGGGGAGAGGAGAGACCGCUGCCCUUCACCUCCAGCUUCAGGGGGUGGCUGAGCCAGGCCCGCGGCCGGCCAUGAAGAUGGAGAUGCAGGACGUGGCCGUGCAGGAGCUGGGGCGGGGGGGAGUCUCGCGUUUCCUUCAGAUUGGGUCCACGCGGGAGUUCUUAUCCGGAGAGGCUCCCCACCGGGUGAAACAGGAGCCGGACGAGGUCCUUCCACCACACCACUGGGCUCCCCCCAGGCAGGAGUUUUCUAAGGCUGCGCAGUAUCCUCCGUCAGGGUGGAGAAAACCAGCCCUGCCCAAACCCCUGCCCUGGGACAGUAGCUCCUUCCAGGCCCCCUACGAGGCUCCAGCCAGCCCAAGUCCCUGGCCCUCCGGAGGAUGGGCAGGCCAACCUCUGCCCAGCCUGAGCAGAGAGACUCAGCCGGUCUACGGUGGGCAGGAGCACCGAGAGCGAAGGAACUACGGGGAUCUCAAGGAGGAGGCGCUGAAUGAAGGGACGAUCAACAUGGAGGUCAGGCGCCAGCGCUUCCGGCAGCAUCGCUACCAGGAGGCCGAGGGCCCCAGAGAAGUCUGCAGGCAGCUGCAGGAGCUCUGCCACCAGUGGCUGAGGCCGGAGAGAUGCACCAAGGAGCAGAUCCUGGAGCUGCUGGUCCUGGAGCAGUUCCUGACCGUCCUCCCCCAAGAGAUGCAGAGCUGGGUCCGGGAACGCGGGCCGGAGAGCUGCGCCCAAGCUGUGGGCUUUUCAGAAGAUUUCCUGAUGCGGCAGAGAGAGACCCAAAGGAAAGAGCAACAGGUGAUGUGGACCUUUGAGGAGGUGGUGGUGAAUCCUCCUCUGCCGCCACCCGUUCAGUAUCCUGCCGUGACGCAGCAGGUCCGUUACCCCACGGUGGCACUGCCAGUGCAGUACUCACCCCUGGCACCACAGGCCCAAUACCCUGCUGUCGGACAACCGGCCCCCCAUCCCAUUGUGGCGGAGCGAGUGCCAGCGGAUGCCGUGCAGCGGGUGAUCUGCAGGAAGGCUGCGGCGGACGAUGGUGCCACCCUCCGACCUUACGGGCCCAUCCAGGAGUUCCGGAGGCCCCUCACCAACGCCGAGCGGAUGCGGAACCGUAGGAUGAGGAACCGAAAACAGAGGCUGGAAACCAGCAUGCAGCUGGUGGAGUCGGCCUCCCGGGCCCCCUCAAUGCUGCUGGACGCCAUGCGGGGCCUGCACUGCCACGAUCUGAAGGCCUUCGACAGGGCCAGGCAGGAGGAGAGGCAGCACCGCAAGCAGGAGAGGCGGCAGGACCGAGCCACGGCGCAGCUGAUGGUCGACGCCAUCGAACGCUCCCACGGCGACCUGGGGGAGUUCCUGGGCAGGCAGACCUCCACCAUGGCAGCCAUUGCAGAAGUGUUUACGGGCCAGAGGUCUCCUGCCCAGGGGGCCUAUGCCAGCUACAGCUCUUACCCAGGGUACAGCAACCCACCCUGGGGUCCCCCAGAGCCGGGAGCUCCGGUACCGUCCGGUCACGUGCCUGGUAUGCCUUCCGAGCCCAUAGCCGGCCCAGUCAUUCCAUGCCCGGUGCCUCCAGUGGCCACGCCUGGUGGCACUGGGGACCCGGUCCUAGAGCCAGCUCCUACCGAUGGACCAAGCGAGGCUGCUGCGCCAGACUCCCCGAAGCCUUCCACCUCGGAUGCCACUUCCCGUAGUCUUGAUGCGAGGCCCAGCAGGGGAACCAAAAGGAAGACGUGGGAAUGAGGACCCAGAGCUCGCUCCAAAAAACCCAGUGGUAGAUCUUAGGCCAAUUUGAUACCCCGUUCCCAGUCCGGCAGGCCCCACUGUGUCUCCCUACCCCUAGUGUGUUAAGAGGACAGCCCAUCUAUCUAUGCAAGAAAGAGCGAGUCAGAGCUCCAGGCCACGAGGCAGGAUUUGCCAUGGGCUUCCAAGCCCACCUGGUUGCGGAUUACAAAAGAAAGCAGCAAAGAGCUUGAUCUCUUGGUGGUGGGAUGGAUUAGCCAUGCAGCUUUGGGGCAAGUUGUAUCUGCCCAUCUGCAAAAUGGGAAUAAUCAACCUACAUUUACCCAGUCACUUAAAUAUACACAGCGCGAAGGUCGUUUUACUUUCUGAGUAAUUUAAAGUGCAGGAGGUGGAAAUUGUAAGCUGUUCAAAUGAAGCUGCAUCUGACUGUAAAAGGCACUAUUCUUCUUACUAUUUCUCAGUUACAGUUUAUUUAUUAUAUUUAUAUAUAUAUAUUUAUAUAUAUAUUUGUGUGUGUAUAUAUAAUAAAUAUAAUAUAUUAAAUAUAUAUUAUAUUUCU